AUGAUUCUCCUGGAGACGAACAAUCGUAUCAUUCAGGAAACACUGACUUAUAAAAUCAAGAAUGCUCUAGAUGGAGGAAAGCCAGAAAACAUUGAUAUCACAGUUGCAGAUUUUGAUGGAGUUUUGUUUCACCUGUCUAACCCAGAAGGAAACAAAAACAGGAUCAGAGUGAGCAUAUCAUUGAAAUUUUACAAAGAACUUCAACAGCAUGGGGCGGAUGAGCUAAUCAAAAGAGAGUAUUCUGGUCUUAUCACAGAAACAGAGUCAGGUUACAAUGUGUCCAUUGAAUUCAACCUGGAAAAUGUCCCUUCUAACUGGCAAGAGCUCAUCAACAAAGCAAGUCUUCUCAAACGAAAUUGUUUUGCCUCUGUCUUUGAGAAAUAUUUCCUGUUCCAAGAGAAUGGCAAUGAGGGAAAUUCAAGAGCUGUCAUUCACUACAGAGAUGAUGAAACAAUGUAUGUUGAAGCCAAGAAGGACCGAGUGACUGUCAUUUUUAGCACCAUAUUUAAAGAUGAUGAUGAUGUUGUUAUAGGCAAAGUCUUCAUGCAGGAAUUUAAAGAAGGUAGGAGAAAGUACCAACAGGCGCCUCAGGUUUUGUUCAGCCACAAGGAACCUCCUCAGGAGUUGCAGGACACAGAUGCUCGUACCGGAGAUAACAUAGGCUAUAUUACAUUUGUUUUGUUUCCGAGACAUACAAACAAGGCUGCCAGAGACAACACAAUUAACCUGAUUCACAUGCUUAGGGACUAUCUUCAUUACCAUAUAAAGUGUUCCAAGGCAUACAUCCAUCAGAGUAUGAGAGCUAAAACUUCAGAAUUCUUGAAAGUGCUGAACAGAGCAAGACCAGAAGUUAAAGAUAAAGAGAAGAAGACUAUCACAGGAAAGACAUUCAGGCAGAAUUGA